GGCGGCCGAGCCGGGCCGUCGCGCCGGCGCCGCUGGGAGAGGCCGGCGCGAAGGGGAAGGGGCCGGCGGCUGCGGCGGCCAAUGCGAAACUGGCUGGUGCUGCUGUGCCCCUGUGUGGUCGGGGUCGCGCUGCACCUCUGGCUGCUGCUGAGCUGCCCCGGGAGCCAGCCGGCAGGUCCACUGUCCUUCUUUCCUCCAUGGAAGCUGAAGCAUUAUGAUGUUAUUGUAGGUGUUUUGUCAGCUCGACACAAUCAUGAACUACGCAGUGUUAUAAGGAGCACUUGGUUCAAGCACCUGAAACAACAUCCUGCCCUGAACCAACGUGUCCUUGUGAAGUUUAUAAUAGGUGCGCAUGGUUGUGCUGUGCCCGUGAAGGACAGAGAAGACCCCUACUCCUGCAAACUUCUGAACAUCAGUAACCCAGUUUUGAAUCAGGAAAUUGAAGCAUUCAGUCUCCCUGAGGACAUACCUUCUGUGCUGUCUGAAGACAGAAUCGUCAGUGUGAAUUUCCGUGUGCUUUACCCCAUUGUCAUUACCAGCCUUGGGGUAUUUUAUGAGGCUGAUGGGGUGGGAUUCCAGAGGAACAUCACUGUAAAGCUGUACCAGGCAGAACAUGAGGAAGCCAUCUUCAGCGCUCGCUUUAGUCCGCCAAGCUGUGGAGUGCAGGUGAACAGAUUGUGGUACAAGCCAGUAGAGCAGUUUAUUUUGCCAGAGAGUUUUGAAGGUACCAUUGUGUGGGAGAGCCAGGAUCUUCAGGGCUUGGUUUCAAGAAACCUUCAUAAAGUGAUGGUGAAUGAUGGAGGAGGUGUUUUCAGAGUCAUUACAGCAGGGGAGGGGUCACUGCCACAUGAACUCACGGAAGGUGUGGAGGGAAUAGCAGGUGGUUUUAUCUACACUAUUCAGGAAGGUGAUGCUCUUUUAAAAAGCCUCCAUACUCGCCCAGAAAGGUUUGCAAGUCACAUAAAAAACCUUGAGAAGGAAGAUGCUUUAUUGAAGGAAGAAAGCAGUAUGUAUGAUGACAUUGUUUUUGUAGAUGUGAUUGACACUUACAGAAACGUUCCCUCCAAACUGCUGAACUUCUACCGAUGGACAGUGGAAUCAACGAGUUUUGACUUGUUGUUGAAGACGGAUGAUGACUGUUACAUUGAUUUGGAAGCUGUUUUUAACAGGAUAAUGCAGAAAAAAUUGGACAGACCAAACAUUUGGUGGGGAAAUUUCAGACUAAAUUGGGCAGUUGAUCGAACUGGGAAAUGGCAAGAACUGGAGUAUCCAAGUCCUGCAUAUCCAGCCUUUGCUUGUGGGUCUGGCUAUGUCAUCUCCAAAGACAUUGUGCAGUGGCUGGCAAGCAACUCUGAAAGAUUAAAAACAUACCAGGGUGAAGAUGUGAGCAUGGGCAUCUGGAUGGCAGCUGUAGGACCCAAGCGAUAUCAAGAUGGUCUGUGGCUGUGUGAGAAGACAUGUGAGAGUGGCAUGCUGUCUUCCCCCCAGUACUCGCCCCAGGAGCUGGGAGAGCUCUGGAGAUUAAAGGAACUGUGUGGAGAUCCAUGUAGAUGUGAGGAAAGAUGAUGGACUUGCCUUUGAAAACAGGGUAGUGUAUAAUGUUCAUGGAAAAGUAUACAUUUGGAUUCGUUCUUGGAACAGUAAGAAAUACUAAGGUACCUUUUAAUGCUGGGUUUCAACUAAAGUAUAACAAUAUUUGCACAUCCCUUUUGAUAAUUACAAGUGGACUGAUACUAUUCUUUUUCUAUAGUAUAGAUGUUGAUCAGACAAAAACCAAAAUGUUCAAGAUUAAAAAAAAAAAUCCUUUUUAUAUAAAAAGUCAAAGACCUACUUGUAAUUAAUAAAUGCACAUAAGAAUGCCAACUAGCCUGUCUUUUGUAAAUUAAAGCACUACUGAUUUGAUUCAGUAUAGGGCUGUUCCAGGAUCCUGUGAGAGUUGUGCUCAGCACCAGGGCAGCUGGUAAGUCUUGCUGCAGCACAUUCUGUGCUAAGGGGUUGCCCUCAUCUGUGCAGGGACAGGGACAGCAAUGGCGGCUAGGAUUUGUGAUUGAUUAGUUUGUUUAUAUCAUUGUCAUUUUAGAUAAAAAUAAAAUCAAGGUUUGCUUAUACCAAAUCUUCAAGUACUGCAAGCUUGGCCUGAUUUAAGAGGGAUUUCUGAGAGCUCACUCUGACUAGAAAUGAAUCAGAGGUUACACAAGUGAAAAUAAGCUUGAGGAACAGCACACUAAAGAUUGUAAAAUAAAUAGCAAUGCCUUGCAGUGUGCUGAGAACUUAUUUAUAAUGUGGUACGUUACUGCUGUAGGGUAGAAGAAAGGUCUGGCAGAUUUUGCCCUUAAUCAUCUAAGGUUAGAUACUUCUAAAAUUACUACUGGGUUUUGUUCACUUUAAGGUUGUUGGAUGUAGGUGAAAACAAAGAGCAAGUGGCCUCUCAGUGCAGCAUUGAUCUUGUCUUGUCAGCAAAGAGAUCACAGCUCAACCCCCUGUACUCGGUUCAGUAAAACAAAUUCUCACUGCUGCUGGGGGCAGGCAGUAUAAAAUCUUGGCAAAAAGGGUGACCUUGAGUUUUAUUUAAUUGAAGCAUUUAAGCACUGUUUGGUAUCUCUCCAGUAGGACAAAUGAGCAGAUGUUUUCAUGGAGGCAGAUGAUGAAGUUUAGGAGCUGAAAAGUACAAUUUUACAGCCCUUUGGUGCCACAUGUGUGGAACUCGUAUUCACCUGUAUGUCUGUUCAGGCACAGGCUGUUUGUGUGUCUGUCUUCUGCAGUUCUUGUGUCAGCUUUUCCUUCAGUCCAGCAAGUGAGUCUCUUCUUACCACCGUCCAGCAAGUGAGUCUCUUCUUACCACCGUACUAACACACAGUCUCCACUUUCUAUUGAGUAAAACUGCAAAGGCUUUAAGUCAUUGUCUAGUUCAACUUCUUUUCCUUCCAACUAGAAUAAAAAAGCAAAAAAAAAAAAAAAAA